CUCAGUGCCACUGAGCAGCGCGAGCUCGAGCAGCGUAUGCAGAAACGCCAGGUCAAGGAGUUCGUGAGCCUCUUUGGCAACCUCGUCGACCACUGCUUUUCCUCCUGCGUCAACGACUUCACCUCUAAGGCCGUCUCCGAGCGCGAAAAUGGGUGCGUCUCCCGCUGCGUUCAGAAGUACAUGGCUAGCGGCCAGCGGCUGGCCGAGCGGUUCCAGGAGCACAACACAGAGAUGGCGACCAAGAUGGGACAAAGGUAG